GUGGUGCCUGCUGCUCCGGGAGGCCUGGGUCAGAGGACUGCUGCCUGCCCCUCUCUGCUCAUUCCAUACAGCCUGUGCCUCCCAGCCAUGAGGACCCUCGCUCUGCUUGCUGCCAUUCUCCUGGUGGCCCUGCAGGCCCAGGCUGAGCACGUUUCAGUGAGCAUCGAUGAAGUCGUAGACCAGCAGCCCCCACAGGCAGAGGAUCAGGACGUGGCCAUCUACGUUAAAGAGCAUGAGAGCUCCGCUCUUGAAGCUUUAGGUGUAAAGGCAGGUGUGGUCUGUGCGUGCAGACGAGCCCUCUGUUUGCCUCGGGAACGUCGUGCUGGGUUCUGCAGAAUCCGUGGAAGAAUCCACCCACUCUGCUGCCGCCGCUAAGCAUGAAAAGCAGAAAAAAAAGCAAGUUCCUUAUUUGCCUUGAAACCUCAAGUGAACAUGUUUUGACUACUGAGCCUUCCCCAUCCUUUCCUAUCCUAGUAAAGUGCUUGUAAUGAA